AUGAGUGGGACACAAAACAGUACAAACUCGAAGACUUUACCUGCUUUGCAUGGUGUUAAAAUCAAGACUAAAAAGAGUGUGCAAAAAGCACAAGCCAAGUACGAACCAACUGUAUUCAGAGAUAAUAUUUUAAAGGCUUUAUCUGCUGCCAAACCUGGCGACUUUGAAGACAUCGCUCAACAGUUAGACCGUGCUGGAAACGACCUUGAAUAUCAUAAAUACGGCGAAACUUUAUUUGAAAUUCUCUUGACCGGUGGUAUAUUAGCGCCUGGAGGAAUCAUCAGUCAGGAUGGAGCCCCACGCAGUCCAUUUUCAAUCUUCGCUGCAGAAGAUAAUACCGAGACUAUCAAGAAGCACGUCGAAGUUUUCGAUAAACUUAUCCGUCGUUAUAGAUACUUGCAGCACAUCUUUGAAGAUACCUUGAGGAACUUGCUUCAAUAUAUUAACAAAUGGAGCACUGAAGAAAUUAACAAGUUAGCCACUGCAAUAGGCUUGCUUACAUCAGGGGGAUUGGCCAAUGUCAAUGUUUUGACUAUUCUGUUCAAAGAACAUUUAGUCAAAGAAGGCCUUUCUCUACAAUUUGUCACGUCUGUCUUCAAGGCUUAUCUGAAUGAGCAGAGUAUUGAUCAUCUAGGGUCAUCACUGGAAAGAGCCGGUAUCCAUAAGAAACUUAUGGAAUUCUUCCCACCAAACAAGCCGCUCAUUGGGGCGGUCGACUGGAGUUCAAGGCCUGAGCAGAUUGAGAGUCAGGCUUUGCGACAAGUCAAGGACUGGUCAAAAGUUCUCGCUGCAUUCUGCACAAACCCGAAGACAGAGCUUGCACUUCUCCAAAAGGUUCAAGUUUAUUGUUACGAAGAUGCCAAGUUGAUGAAGCAUUUUCGUCAAAUUGUUCAGAUUUUGUACAAUAGUGAUGUUAUUUCUGAGAGUGCUAUCUUAUAUUGGGCAGAAAAAGGAGCCAAAAAUCAAGGAAAGACUGUCUUCUUGAAGCAGAUGGAGCCAUUUAUCCAUUGGCUGAAGACUGUUGAGAGCGAAUCUGAGGAAGAGUAA